AAUUUCGAGUAGCGGUGGCGCGCUGGAGGCCAGUGGGUGCUGGAACCCCCACCGGCCUACCUAGGAGAGACCAUGGACUCCCUAGUCGAGCCUCGGUGGCCUCCAGGCCUGGCAGUCAUGAAGACAAUAGAUGAUUUGCUGCGGUGUGGAAUUUGCUUUGAAUAUUUCAACAUUGCAAUGAUGAUUCCUCAAUGUUCACAUAACUACUGUUCUCUCUGUAUAAGAAAAUUUUUGUCCUAUAAAACACAAUGUCCAACUUGUUGUGUGACCUUCAUGGAAAACAGUAGGAAAUUUGAUGUUAGAGUUUCUGAAGCAUUUCAAGUAGGCAAAAAGACAGUCACAGAGCCGGACCUAAAAAAUAACCGCAUAUUAGAUGAACUGGUAAAAAGCUUGAAUUUUGCACGGAAUCAUCUGUUGCAGUUUGCCUUAGAGUCACCACCCAUAUCUCCUGCUUCUUCCUCUUCAAAGAACCUUGCUUCCAAAGUACACACUCCUGUAGCCUUCAGACGUUCUUUAAAGCAAGGAAGCAGGUUAAUGGAGAAUUUCUUGAUCAGAGAAACUGGUAGUUCCACAUCAGAGUUGUUGAUAAAAGAGAAUGAGAGUAAAUGCACCCCUCAGAAAGAGGUGAGCACUUCUUCAAAGACCAAAGAGACACCUAUAGAAAAGGCAGCUCCGUGUUCCUUAGAUGCUCAUGUUCCUGAGACACCCUCUACAUCAACUUUGAAACAGGUUACCAAAGUGGAUUGUCCUGUUUGCGGGGUUAAUAUUCCAGAAAAUCACAUUAAUAAGCACUUAGACAGCUGUUUAACACGUGAGGAGAAGAAGGAAAGCCUCAGAAGUUCUGUUCACAAAAGGAAGCCUCUGCCCAAAACUGUAUAUAACUUGCUCUCAGAUCGUGAUUUAAAGAAAAAGCUAAAACAGCAUGGAUUAUCUAUUCAAGGAAAUAAACAACAGCUCAUUAAAAGGCACCAAGAAUUUGUACACAUGUACAAUGCCCAGUGCGAUGCUUUGCAUCCUAAAUCAGCUGCUGAAAUAGUUCAAGAAAUUGAAAAUAUGGAGAAGACUAGGAUGCGUCUUGAAGCUAGUAAACUCAAUGAAAGCAUAAUGGUUUUUACAAAGGACCAAACAGAAAAGGAAAUAGAUGAAAUUCACAGUAAAUAUCGUAAAAAACAUCAGAAUGAAUUUCGGCUUCUGGUGGAUCAGGCCAAAAAAGGAUACAAGAAAACUGUUGAAAUGUCAAAAAAAAAAGUAACAAAAGAAGAAGAUGGAUCUACAGAAAAGCUAUUACCUGUAUGCGUGGAACAGGAAGAUAAAAAAAUGAAAUUCUCAGAUACUUCCCCCAUAACAAACCACUUCUCUCAGUCAAAACUGGAAUUCCCAGGGAGAAUGGAGUCUGAUAGACCAGAUGAUUCUUCCAGCUGUACUGAUAUUCAAGAAGAAGCUCGCUCUUCAUCAGAUUCAGACUCAUUCAAUAGUUCCAGUUCAGACAUCAUAAGAGAUCUUUUAGAAGAAGAGGAAGCCUGGGAAGCAUCACAUAGAAAUGAUCUUCAAGAUACAGAAAUGAGUCCAAGACAGAAUCGUCGAACAAGAUCAGCGGAGGGUGCUGAGAUUGAGCCGAGAAAUAAGCGGAAUAGGAAUUAGUGAGGGCUUUGCUGACUUUUCCAGUGUGGUGAUUGGAGUGUGGCACUUUGGGUUGCCACACAGACUUCAUAUUCAUAAAUGCCCAAGUGAAGGUGUUGACUUCUCAAUAUGAUGGUUAGCUGAUUUUCAUACUUUUUGCCUUUCUUGGGAAAAAUAAGUUCUGAAACAUCCUCACUUGGUCAAUUAUCCCCUAUCUCUAAAGCAUCUCUCUCUCAAAAUAUUGACAGCCACACGUCUGCCAACUUUGCAGAGUACACAGACGUCUUGACAAAGAGUUUUGUUUCUAAAUUUCAGGAUAUCCUUAAGACAUUCUCCUCUUCCAUGUAGAAACUAACUUGAGAAAAGGAUUCUUUUCAACCUCUCUGUCACAAGGAGCACCUGAGGAAUUAAGAGCCUUUGUAUUUCUGGAAAGGCAGGUUGUCAUAAAAUCACCUCUUUGGUGCGUGUCAGCCCCUGAUGCCCAGAUGCCAGCAUGCCUGUCACAAGCAGUUACGUGAUGGUCAUUGCCCGAGUUUAAUGUAGUCAUUUGUCACUUGGAGUAGGAUGUUUGUAUCGAAACUAAAAGUCACAAACACUAACUUUGAAACAUUGGCAUAUUCUUUGGAAAUGGCACUUCAAAAUGAUAUUAGUCUUUUUUUUUUUUUUUCACUUGGGUAAAUCAAAUCUUUACCACUCUGACUCCCAGCUAUUAAACAAAGAGUAUGCAAUAAAUGAAUUUUGUAAAUGAA